UGCAGGUACCGCAGUCGCUACGAUAAGCCGCAACCUCGAAAUUAUCAGUCUCUAGACGGCGGCUCAUAUCGCGAGACAGGCAGAGAAAGCCCCCCUUCUUUGCCACACCCUUCGUCCAACCUAAGAUGCGCCUCCGGCACCUGUGCUAGGAUCUGCCAAUAUGGACGGCGACGCGGAUUCGGUGGCGGACGAGGGGCAUCGGCACAGUAGCCGCCCUGGCCUCUAUCUCCACGACUCGAACAGUCGGUCCACUGUCUUUGAGGAUGUUGAGAUGGCGCAGGAUGAGCUUUACUCAGGCCCAAUGGCAGAGUCUCUCCCGACGAGUGUCUCUGCCUUCACCCACCGUCGAGCCCGUGCCGACUCUAUGACAAGCUUCUCCUUUUACCAGGAAGAGCAAGAAGCGCAGGAUGAGCAAGACGAGCAGGACGAGUCUGCUAUUAUGGAUGACGAGGAAGCUCGGCUUAGCGAUGUUGAAAGCAUCCGGUUCGGCGAAGAGAUGGGCGACGAGGACUGGUCAGACCUCGAGCGACAGGCUUCUGAAAACGACUAUGUCUUGCACCGGAGGGCCUCGACGCUGUCCAGGGUCUCAGUGCGCAGCCGCUUACUUCGACGCGAUAGUAUGGUAUCUACAGGAAGCGGCUUUGGUACGGGUACGGGUACGGGCCGAGUCAGCCAGAAGAUCUAUAUGGUCAAUGAGGAUCUUUACAUUGUGGUCGCUGGUUUUCGGACUAGUACCACAGGCCUCGUCACCUACAUUCUGGCCUGUGUCUUCACGCUGGGCCUUGCAUGGCUCCUUUUCCGGUGGAUUCCUCGGUGGUAUGUGAAACUGGUGGGCCAGCCGGCACCCCUCCGGGAGUGCCAAUGGGUCGUCAUCGAGAACCAAUGGAAUGAAAUGGCCAUACUCGACGUAGACGUAAAGCAGUACGAAAGGCCACUGUCAACCGUAUUUGGAUCUCCCGACAAAUUGACCUCCUACAUGCUUGGUGAGGAUCAAGACCCAAUCAUUAAGGACUUGCGAAUGCUCAACUACCGCUACGUUCGAUUCUACCUGCAUCCGCUGAAGGACAAGUUCCUUCUUUGCAACGGAUGGAAAGACCCUCUUUGGACAGAUGUUCGAGCAGUCCGCGCCGGGAUUGACGGCGAGGAGCAGGUCUACCGCGACAUUGUCUUCGGAAACAAUCUUGUCGAUAUUGAACAGAAAUCCAUCUCUCGCCUUCUUGUGGACGAAGUCUUCCAUCCCUUCUACGUGUUCCAGAUUGCGAGCUUGAUCCUCUGGUCUAUGGAUAAAUACUACUACUAUGCUACGGCAAUCCUGCUCAUGUCAGUCGGCAGCAUUGCCACCACCUUACUUGAGACUCGAUCGACUAUGAUCCGCCUCCGGGAAAUAUCCCGGUUUGAAUGCGACGUGAGAGUGCUUCGAAACGGAUUUUGGCGAUACUUGUCUUCGGCUGAUCUCGUACCUGGCGACAUCUACGAAAUCAGCGAUCCGAACCUCGAGCAGUUUCCAGCAGACAGCCUGCUCCUCAGUGGCGACUGCAUUGUUAACGAAAGCAUGCUUACGGGCGAGUCAGUGCCUGUCUCCAAGACGCCUGCAACUGACGGCACCCUUCAUCAGCUUGAUCUGAGCGCCUCCACUGCGCUUCCUGAAGUCGCUAGACACUUCCUCUUCUGCGGCACCAAGAUCGUCCGAGCUCGGAGACCUCAGGACGACAGAGACCAGGAGGCUGUCGCCCUGGCUAUGGUCGUCCGGACUGGGUUCAACACCACGAAAGGCGCGCUUGUCCGAUCCAUGCUCUUCCCCAAGCCAUCCGGCUUCAAGUUCUAUCGCGACUCUUUCCGGUACAUCUCCGUCAUGGCUUGCGUGGCCAUGUUGGGCUUUGUCACAUCGUUCAUCAACUUCAUUCGCUUGGAACUAGAAUGGCAUUUGAUUGUCGUGCGGGCCCUCGACCUGAUAACCAUCGUCGUCCCGCCCGCACUGCCGGCCACUCUGACCAUCGGCACAAACUUUGCGCUUCGUCGCCUGAGAUCGAAGGAAAUCUUCUGCAUCAGCCCACAGCGGGUCAAUGUAGGGGGCAAGAUUGACCUCAUGUGUUUCGACAAGACGGGCACUCUCACUGAGGAGGGUCUUGAUAUUCUCGGAGUCCGAGUAGUCUCCAGAUCGACAAACAGAUUUGGCGACACACUGUCGGACCCAGACUCUCUCGUACCCAACCAAGACCACGACCGUGGAGUGGUCGAUUCCAAUGAUACCCAGAAGGCUGCACUCUACACUAUGGCAACGUGCCACUCCCUGCGUUCCGUGGAUGGUGAGCUCGUCGGUGAUCCACUUGACGUCAAGAUGUUCGAGUUCACCAAAUGGUCAUUCGAAGAGGGGAGUCAAGGGGGUCACAUUGAUGAUGAGGAGCAGGGGACUCUCCACCCGUCAAUUGCCAGACCUCCGGCUGACGCGAAAAGCACAUUGGAGGGCAACGGGGACAGAAAUGGGCAGAAUACACCGUUUGAGUUGGGCGUGCUGAAGUCGUUCGAAUUUGUGUCCCAUCUUCGCCGGGCAAGUGUCAUUGUCAAGACCUUCGGCCAGAAGAGUGGAGAUAUAUUCGUCAAGGGCGCCCCUGAAUGCAUGGGAGAAAUAUGUAGGCCAGAGAGCUUUCCAACCGACUAUGACGAGUUGCUUUCCUACUACACGCACAAGGGAUACCGAGUCAUCGGAUGUGCCACAAAGCACGUCAAGAAACUGAGUUGGGUAAAGGCCCAGAAGAUGACGCGCCAGGACGUCGAAUCCGGCUUGGAUUUUGUCGGGUUCAUAAUCUUCGAAAACAAGCUGAAGCCGACGACGACGGCAGUUCUUCAAGAACUGCUGGGUUCGAACAUCGGCGCUGUGAUGGUGACGGGGGACAACAUCCUCACUGCCAUCAGCGUCGCUCGAGAGUGCAACUUGAUUAACAGGACAGCCCACUGCUUCAUUCCGCGGUUCAUCGCUGGAAACUCGAGGGAUCCGAACGCCCGGCUGCAAUGGGAGAGUAUCGAUAACAGCAUCUACCAACUCGACGAGACGACGCUGCUACCCCUCCCCGCACCGACCGAGGGAGACGCGUCGCUUCCUUACGACAUAACGAACCUGCGGAACUACUCCAUCGCCGCCACCGGCGACGUGUUCCGGUGGGUGAUAGACUACGCCCCGGCCGAGGUCAUGAGGAGGAUGCUCGUUACCGGAAAGGUCUUUGCCCGCAUGUCGCCCGACGAGAAGCACGAGCUGGUCGAGAAGCUCCAGAGCAUCGGCUACUGCUGCGGCUUCUGUGGCGACGGGGCGAACGACUGCGGCGCGCUGAAAGCCGCCGAUGUCGGCAUAUCACUGUCGGAGGCGGAGGCCUCGGUUGCUGCCCCGUUCACAUCCCGCGUCUUCGACAUCCGAUGCGUCCCGGAGGUCAUCCGUGAGGGCCGGGCUGCGCUCGUGACCAGCUUCAGCUGCUUCAAGUACAUGAGUCUGUACUCGUCGAUACAGUUCACGUCCGUCAGCUUCUUGUAUGCCUCGGCGUCCAAUCUCGGCGACUUCCAGUUUCUCUUCAUCGACCUCCUACUCAUCCUGCCCAUCGCCGUAUUCAUGAGCUGGGCGGGUCCGUACAAAGAGUUGUGCCGGAAGAGGCCAACGGCAGAUCUAGUCUCUCGCAAGGUGUUGACGCCACUCAUGGGUCAGAUGUGUAUCUGUAUCCUCAUACAGGCCGUGGCGUUCGUCACCGUACAGCAGCAGCCAUGGUUUAAACCACCGAAAAUCAACCCGGAGGAGUCGAACAUCAAGAAUUCGGAAAACACGGCGCUAUUCCUGACAUCGUGCUUCGAGUACGUACUUUCAGGCAUAGUGCUGAACGCUGGCCGGCCGUUUAGGCAACCGGCGUCGCGAAACUGGCCUUUUGUCGCCACGAUCUCUACCACCUUGCUCUGCACUAUAUACAUGGUGCUUCGGCCCGCAAAGUGGCUGAAGCAUUUGAUGGAGCUGACAUACGUCGGCUGGAGCUUCCGGCUCUUUAUUGUUGCCCUAGGUGCGGCCUACCUUGCUUUGGCGUGGGUUGGCGAAAACUACGUAUUCCAGCGCGUCGCCAGGGCCAUUGGGCAGAUAAAAGAAAAGGUCACCAAGAAGUCCAAGAAGAGGAAGGAGUACAAGGUCAUACAGGAGGGCAUGCUAUUCUGAUCAAUUGGCUGUGGAAAUGCUACGGAUAUGUCUAUAUGAAGCCUCGUGGCUUGGACCCGUCGGUGGAGACAAGCCCAAGUGAUUGUUUGAUGUCAUAAUAAAUACUAAUGUAUCCAUAUCAAGGCCAAUUCCAAAUAUUUAUGAGAGUGAAGU